GAGGGCUAGGCCCUGGGCAGGAGCCGAGGGGACCUGAACCGGGCGGAGCCAAGACGAGCUGAGCUGAGCUGAGCCGAAACGGGCUGAGCUGAGACAUGGAACCGUCGCUGCCCAGGUAGUGGAGGUCUGGCCCCUUCCGCGGGCAGAAGCGAGGCCGUUCGGGAUGUCCGGCUACACCCGCCGCACGGGGCUCACUCCGCUUUCCCGAGCCCGGACCCUCGUCAUUCAGGACGAUGAUAAUCUUGAAGAUCUGGAUGAGGCAAAUCCAUUUUCCUUUAAAGAAUUUCUGAAAACCAAGAACCUUGGCCUGUCCAAAGAGGAGGCAACCAAUGCUAGAAUUUACAGUAAGGAAUCUACAAGACAUACUUUAGGACUUGAAAAUAAUUGCCUAACUUCUAAGUAUAGUUUAGACUAUGAGGAACCUUUUUUUCAAGAUCCAUCUGGUGCUGGAGAUUUGUUGGAAGAAGAUGAAGAUGAUGAUAACUGGAGUGGAACUUAUCUGCCAUCUGCCAUGGAACAAACUCAUGCUUCUAGACUUGCUACUAGCACAUCACCACGUAGUUCAUAUAUUUCCUUUUUUUCCAAUCCAUCUGAUCUGUCAGGCAUCGAGUCUCUAGCUCCAUGGACCUUAAGUGAAAGUGACCCAUGUGUUUCUCCUUCAUCUCAAGUGAACAACACAAACAAAGAAUUUGCUGCUCAUGGGGAAUUCUUGGGAGAUAGGCAUUUUCGGUCGAUGCAGAUAAACUAUGAAGCACUUAAAGAAGAAAACUCUAAGCUAAGAAGAAAAAUUAGUGAGAUUCAGAACUUCUCUGAAUCUCAGACAGAAAUGGUAAGAACACUUGAACGGAAAUUAGAAGCAAAAAUGAUAAAAGAGGAAAGCGACUAUCAUGAUCUUGAAUCGGUGGUACAACAAGUGGAAAAGAAUCUCGAGUUGAUGACUAAGCGGGCUGUGAAGGCAGAAAAUCAAGUUACAAAACUGAAGCAGGAAAUAAACAUGCUCCAGGCUCAGCUUACUAAUCAUAAGAGAGAGAAUGAAGCCCUGCGAUCUGGUCAAUGUUCCAAUUUGACAGUAGUUAAACAAAACACAGAUGUUGCCUUGCAAAAUCUCCGAGCUGUCAUGAACAAUGCACAUAGUUCGAUAAAGCAGUUGCUUUCUGGAGCUGAAACAUUGAAUCUUGUUGCUGAAAUCCUUAAAUCCAUAGACAGAAUUUCUGAAAUUAAAGAAGAGCCUUGACAAACCGCUGAAAUGUCUUCUGGCUUAAAGCUCUGCUUAAGUGCUGAAAUCACUUCUUGCUUUACUUGGGGAAUACAAUUGUGUCUUUAAAUAUGCAGUUGUCUUCCUCAGUACUUAUCAUGAAAUACAAAUUUCAUGACCUAAAAUAUGGUUAUUAGCCUUAAAACACAGUUGGGUGGUAACUGUUGGACUUGAGGUGCGUCUUUGGUUUACAUUAACUCUUUUAGGUGAAGUGUCAUUUUUCACUAAUUCUAAUAAACAGAGAUUCUCUUGCCAACAGUUGAAGAAGAAAGGGGGAAAUUAAUGUUUUUAGGGAAUUUUCUAAACAUGGAAAUGAGUUCUGGAAUAAGUAUUGCUUUCUACUGUCUGUUAUAGUAUUUCCUGGAUAUUAAUUGCAAGAUGAGCCCAAUUUGAGUGUCAUUUGUUAGCACUCCUUUAAAGAAAAAAAGAAUAAAAAUUAUAACACAAAAUGUACAUAAUAGAGACUAUUGACUUUUGCCUAGAGAAUCUGUGCCUCUUAAAUAUCUCCUGGUGUUCCUAAAGACUUGAAGGUUCACACUUGUGCCUUUAAGAAAUAUAGUUUAAAAAAAUAUAUAUAUAUAUAUGUAUAUGCACACACACACACAUACACACAUACAUAUGCAGGUAAUAAGAACUAAUUAAAGUGCUACAAGUUCUUUCAGAUUCACUAAGUUUGUUGCAGGAAUUGUUAAUAUCCAUAGUGUUAAACUCAUGAAGUAUAUUUUUCCUGGCUUUCUUAAUAUUUAAAUACCAACUCUCCUGCUGUAGUGUAUUGCUUAGCUUUUCAAAUCACUUUUAUACAGCAAAAUUUAGGAUGCAAAGGUUUUAAGAUAUUUUCAGGUUGGCAUGGGAACACUAUCCUGUGCCUUUCCAGAAUUUUUCUGUGAUUUGGAUAUGGGCACUGAAUUUCUAUAGGUCUUUUGCUGUUUAUUGUUAAGUGUUGUUUUUUUUAAAUAAAUUGUAGUUUUUUUGACCUGUA